GGAGGUAUAAAGAGAGGGAGGGAGUAAUAUAAGAGAGGCAGCCAUAGAGGGAGAGGUGACAGAGUAGAUUAUCCUCCUCUCCUGUACUCCUCUCUGCCAGCCUCAUCAUGGCCAUGCUGCAGAUGUUGACUGUUAUCUCUCUGACUGUUAUCCUUCUGGCAUCUGUGGAAGGUAAAGGGGUACAGAUGCAGAGAGAUGUCCAGUGCUGCAUGUUGUACUCACAGGGCAAGGUGCGCACCAAAGAUGUGCUGCGGUUUGAGGUGCAGACGGAGGGGCCCGACUGCAGUAUACAAGCCAUCAUUCUUUACACGAAGAAGGCGGUGAAAUGUGCAGACCCCAGAGACCGGAAAGUGAAGAGGUUGCUGCGAAAACUCCUUCAGAGACAGAGAACCAAGGCCCACCGAACCAUGUGGCUCCUUCCUCAUGACAACCUGCCCGUCAUGUCCGAGGACAAGAAAUAUAACUGGGCGGUUCUCAAUUUGGAGUGAUGAAAUGGAGGAAAACUCACAGUCAUAAGCCAAGUAAACUUUCAGCAGCUCGUCGUCCUAACACAGCGAAGCUCGCUGUUUCUCCAGUCGUGUCGUUUCUCUCUCUCUCUCUGUCUACACUCUCUGUCUCCCUGGGACCAGACCUGGGCAGCAAUACAUAUUUAAGUGGCUUUAGAUAUUUGAAUAUGAACUGUGCUUGAAAUAUUCCUAAACACGUGGCUGGAACAGUCUAAACAAAGGAGUAUUUACUUGUGAGAUAAGUUGAAUUUGUUAUUAUUAUUAUUUCUUAAUGGCUCAUACUGUUAUUUGCUGGAGUCUGCGUGGAAGUGUCUCCCUCUACAACAUAACCACUCAUGACUGAUGUGCAACCAGUGAACAAGUUGUAAGUAAAGAAAUGAGACAUGUGCAGUGAUAUUAAUAUUGUAUAUCAGAAAGACACUUGUAUACCUUCAUUAAUGUGUAAUGUCACAGUGCGUGUGCAGGAUCUUGGGGGAACUGAUACAGAUUUGCACCUCAUUUUGUACAAUCCAGGUCUUAGUUGUCUUAAAAAAUCCUUGUUCAGGCUUCGAUCUUCUGUAUCUGACUGUUAGAAAGCUCAACUCUGUGUCCCAUGAAGAGCAAACGAUAUUGUGCCCACUUCGUAUAUUGACUGUUUGUAAACUAAGUAUUUAACCCGUGUCAGUCUUUUUAAAUCAAGCCCUCAGACAUCGACCAGCUAUUUCAAUAUCUAUCUGCAGUUUACAUUUGUCUUAUUCACCAAUAGUAUGUCACUAAACUAUGCCAAAGUAUUCAUGAUUCAGUUCACUACAUGGCAAGGCUGUUAAAACUUAGAGGGCUCAACUGUGUGUGAAACACACAAGUAUUGUAUUGUAGAAGAAUGCACUGUAUGUUUAAAGACAGUAUCUCAAGUCGGCAAUUUUAUAAAUUAAUCUGAAAUAAUGACUCAAA